GCACCAGUGGCUGGUCCCCUGACCCCCGGGACAAGCAGCCCUGGCUCCAGAUCGACCUGAUGCAAAAGCACCGGAUCAACGCGGUGGCCACACAGGGGACCUUCAACACCUACGACUGGCUGACACGCUACAUCGUGCUCUUCGGAGACCACCCCACCAGCUGGAAACCCUUUUUCCAGCAGGGCAGCAACUGGACGUUCUUUGGGAACGUGAAUGAGAGCGGGGUGGUGCGGCACGACCUGCACUACCCCAUCCUUGCACGCUACAUCCGCAUCAUCCCGGUGGCCUGGAACCCACGUGGGAAGAUCGGGCUGCGCCUGGGUCUCUACGGCUGGGGCCCCCGGUCCCAUGUGCUCUACUUCGACGGGGACGAUGCCAUCUCCUAUCGCUUCCGGGCCAAGAGGAUCAGCACCCUCGAGGAUGACAUCUCCUUCAACUUCAAGACGCUGGAGCAGGACGGGGUGCUGAUGCACGGGGAGGGCUCGCAGGGUGACUACAUCACGGUGGAGCUCAAGCAGGCCCAGCUCCUCCUGCACAUCAGUUUCGGCGCUGACCCCCUCCCUCUCCCCCAGCUCUUCUUCGGCGGGGUGAUUGACCAGGACAAGCAGCACCUCACCUACCGGCAAAACUUCCGGGGCUGCGUGGAGAACAUCAUCUUCAACGGGGUCAACAUUGCCGACCUGGCCCGUCACCGGAGACCCAACAUCCGCUUUGAGGGCAGCGUGGGCCACUACUGCCAGGACCAGCUGAACAAUCCCAUCACCUUCGCUGGCAUCAACAACUACGUGCGAGUGCCGGGGAUCCCACGGAGGAACCGCCUGGCCGUCAGCUUCCGCUUCCGCUCCUGGGACACCGCCGGGCUCCUGCUCUACACCAGCUUUGCUGACCGCCUGGGCUCCCUGGAGGUGGUGCUGAGUGAGGGGCAGGUCAACGUCUCCAUCACCCAGCCGGGCAAGAAGAAGCUGGAGUUUGCCGCAGGGCAUCGCCUGAACGACGGCUUCUGGCACUCGGUGCAGCUGGUGUCACGGGACGGCUCGGCUGUGGUGACCAUUGACGAUGAUGAUGGUGCUGAAUUUCGGGUGGCACACCCCUUCCAGCUCCGCACUGGCAGCCAGUACUUCUUCCACUGGUUGGGGCAGUACUUCAACGUGUACUUCAAUGUGUGUGGCAUCACGGACAGGUGCACCCCCAACCUGUGCGAGCAUGACGGCCGCUGCAUCCAGUCCUGGGACGACUUCAUGUGCAUCUGCGACCUGACGGGGUACAAGGGGGAGACCUGCCACAAAUCUCUUUAUAAGGAGUCGUGUGACGCUUACCGGGUCAGCGGGAAAACCUCAGGGAACUACACCAUCGACCCGGACGGCAGCGGGCCGCUCAAGCCCUUCACGGUGUACUGCGAUAUCCGAGAGGACCGAGCAUGGACCAUCAUCCGGCACAACCGCCACUACGCCACACGAGUGACGGGCUCCAGCGUGGACCAGCCCUACCUGGGGGCCGUGGAGUACUGGAACGCCUCUUGGGCCGAGGUCUCAGCGCUGGCAAAUGCCUCUGAGUACUGCGAGCAGCGCAUCGAGCUGCACUGCUACAGCUCCCGCCUGCUCAACACCCCCUGCAACACCUGGAACACCGUCUCCUUCAACAGGGGCACAGCCCUGCUCUUCCCCACCUUCCAGGCCAACCACAGCCUCGACAUCUCCUUCUACUUCAAGACCACCGCCCUGUCUGGUGUCUUCCUGGAGAACCCCGGAUCCCGAAACUACAUCCGUGUCGAGCUCAACAGUGUGGACUAUCUCCCCGUCAUGGAGCAGCAGUUCUCCCUGUUCGUGGACAGCAAGCUGGACUCCCCCAAAAACCUGUACCUGGGGCGCGUGAUGGAGACCGGCGUGAUCGACCCCGAGAUACAGCGCUACAACACGCCCGGCUUCUCCGGCUCUGUGAAGUUCAACAGUCUCGUCCCCCUCAAAGCCAUCUUCCGCCCCACCAGCGUCGUGCGGCCCUACAGCAUCCGGGGGGAGCUGGUGGAGUCAAGCUGCUCCUCCAUGCUCCCCCUCACCACCAUCCUCAUCCCUCCCGAGAUGGACCCCUGGUACAUGGGCACAGAGUUCCCCCACGUGCACGAUGACGGCUGGAUCGGGAUCAUCAUCGGGUGUAAGUGA